AUGGAGCAGGUGACAGAAAGUGGAAGAAAAGUUGAAGAUAAACGGACUCUAAUCAAUGCGCGCACUAGCUCAGCUUCUCCUGAAGACAGUUCACUCGUUGCUGCUACACAGAAUGGCUCCUCAAGCUUUAUGUACAGUCUUGCGUUCUUUUCCGCGCUCGGCGGCUUCCUCUUCGGCUAUGACACCGGUGUCGUGUCCGGUGCCAUGCUUCUCAUCAAGAAAGAGAUGAACCUAAGCUCUCUAUGGCAGGAGUUGCUGGUCUCCAUCACUGUGGGAGCUGCGGCGCUGUCUGCAUUAGCAGGCGGGUAUCUGAACGGACUGUUCGGCCGCCGUGUCUGCAUCCUGCUGGCCAGUUUCAUUUUCACUGUAGGGGGCAUCGUUCUGAGCGUGGCGCCCAGUAAAGAGGUCCUUCUGAUCGGCAGGCUUAUCGUGGGUCUUGGCAUAGGUAUAGCAUCCAUGACUGUUCCAGUAUAUAUUGCUGAAGUUUCUCCUCCCAAGCUCCGUGGUCAACUGGUGACUAUAAACACUCUCUUCAUCACUGGUGGCCAGUCAAUAGCCAGCCUGGUGGAUGGGGCCUUCAGUUAUAUGAACCACAAUGGCUGGAGGUAUAUGCUGGGUCUCUCAGUCGUUCCUGCUGUGGUGCAGUUCUUGGGCUUUUGUUUCCUGCCUGAGAGUCCUCGCUGGCUUCUCCAGAAAGGUCAUGCCCAACAGGCCCGCCAGGUGCUCACGAGAAUCAGGGCAACAGAGAAUGUGGAUGAGGAGUACGACAGCAUCAAAACCAUCAUUGACGAAGAGGAAAAAGAGGCAGGAGAGGGUACUGUUCUGUGGCGAAUCUUGACCUGUGCUUCUGCCCGAAGAGCUCUGAUUGUGGGUUGUGGCCUUCAGAUGUUUCAGCAGCUCUCUGGAAUUAACACAGUAAUGUAUUAUAGUGCCACCAUUUUACAGAUGGCAGGAGUCCGUGAUGAUAAGACGGCCAUCUGGCUUUCUGCAGCUACAGCGUUCACCAAUUUCCUGUUCACGCUGGUGGGAGUGUGGCUGGUAGAACGAGUGGGACGCAGAAAGCUGACUCUGGGCAGCAUCACUGGCACUGGUUUCAGUCUGGCAGUUCUGGCUGUGGGAUUCCUACUUACCGCUCAGGCCUCUCCUCCAGUGACCACUCAGCCUACUGACCCCACAUCCCUUAACUCAACUUGCACAUUAUAUGGGUUUUGUGAGCAGUGUAUGCUGGAUCCACGCUGUGGUUUUUGCUACCAGGAGAAUGGUUCUACCAUAUUCGAGUCCUCAUGUGAACUGGUUGAUUCAGCAAACACGGAGCAAGCGGCGAGUGGCAGGUGCUCCAAUGCUACCCAAGGAAACCCAGAUACAUUUUGGGCCUACAACUACUGUCCAACCCCCUAUUCCUGGAUAGUGUUGCUGGGUCUUAUUUUGUACUUGGCCUUCUUUGCUCCAGGGAUGGGGCCGAUGCCCUGGACAGUAAAUUCUGAGAUCUACCCGCUGUGGGCUCGAAGCACAGGCAAUGCCUGCUCUGCCGGUGUUAACUGGAUCUGCAAUGUCCUCGUAUCUCUGACAUUUCUCCAUGUAGCAGAGUACCUCACAUACUACGGAGCAUUCUUUCUGUAUGCAGGCCUGGCUGUGCUGGGCUUCUUCUUUAUACUGGGAUGCCUUCCAGAGACCAAGGGCCUUAUGUUGGAGGACAUGGAGACUCUGUUCAGCAGGAGACUCUGCACCUGUGGUGGCUCGGGUGGCGAAAGCGCACAUUACAUCAGGCCUCGUUUGGAACUAGGAAAACUGCAUUAUGGGUCACUGGAACCAGAGGAAGGAGUUGCUUACAUAUCACUACAGUAAAAUGCCCUUACACCUGGAUCUGCUUUUCAAGAACAACUAUUUAAGAUCAGCACAAAAGUUAACAAACUCUGUAAAGGGACUAGUAAAGGGACUGAUCCCUUAUUUCUGACUUUUUUCUUGAAUACAGCUCAAAG